AGUAAGCAAAAUUUGGUUGAAUAGCGGACCAUUUUGUCUUGUGGUGCUGUGUUCAGUAUACAGCGUAUUUCUCAGGAGAGUUUUGGUGUACCCGAUUUUUUAAAAAGGUGUCGAGUGAAGAACAAAAACGUGUUCAGUCGCUUGUAAGAAAGCGCAGCGGUCGUCACGUGAUGUGUAAGCGCGGUUGACGCUUGCCAUCUCCCGAGGAUACGUAGUGAAAUAUCUCUACGAUUAUCUUUGCACACGGUUCUCAGCGUUGGAACGUAGAAAAUGGAGAGUUGAGCGUCCGUGAAUGUGUGAAUGAUUUGUUGUGUACAAACUUCGUAGUGAGGAGAAGUGUUGGUAAACCAACUUCAGUUCUGCGAUAAUGAUACUUCGUGAUUCGAACUGUUUAUAUCUUUCUAAGUGGUGAGAAGUGAAUGUUGCAUUGUGUGAUGACGUUGAGCUAAGCUCGCGCUUAAAUGUAAAAAAGGGCGGUAAAUUUUAUUACUCCUUAGAAGUUCAUUGUAUUUCAUAUUUACGCAUCAUGGAUGCAGAACCAUCCGCAGAUAAGGCAGCCAGUUCUAAAAGACGCAGCAGGUCGCGAUCCACGCUUAGUCGGCGGAGCAUAGAGGACUCCAGUAAUGCGGAUUCCAACGGUAGUAGUGUAGAGAAAGAGGUUUCCUCAAAGGACGCUGAACUUCAUAACGGUGCUGUUGGCGAAACAGAGGAUGCGAUCAGAGAAAAUGCCCCUAAAACUGCUACAGAAGUGUCCAGUGUUAAUGCUAAGGGGGAAGAAAGACAUGGGGAGAAAGUACCGCGUGUUGGUGAUAAGUGGAAGUUGCACCUGGACCUCUCAGAUUCCUGUAGUUUAUCAGAGAACGAUGCAAGUGAUGUUGAUGGGAUAUCCGCACCAUCUGCUAGCAAUCCUGCCGACGAAGGCCAGGUAGAGGAACCAGAAACAAAACCGAGUGUACUUAAGGAUGAUGACAAGAGGGUAGCAGAAUCUGUUGCUGAUGAUACCAGUGUGCUGUCCGACACAUCUGAAUUCUGUGGAUUCGAAGACUCUUCUUCAGAUCAAGACUAUAUAGAAGCUUUGAUAGCCAUCAUACAAAAAUGUGAAACUACAGAUGAUGAUUGUUGCCUAAGCUCUGAUGAAAUCCCAUCAUCUCCGAAGACGGAGCCAGAAUAUGAUCCAGCACGGACGUAUUCCCACGAUGAUGACAGCAACAGCAGCAGUGUGUUUGGGCACUAUGACAGUGGGAAGGAUGUACUGUCACCACCAGCAUCACAUCUGAAUGUUCCAUCCAGUAAAGGCAAGCAGAAGGUGAAAUAUUCUGGCUCCCCUGUACCAUCCACAAGUAGGAGUGGCACCUCUAAGAAGCUGAGCAUCGAUCUCUCCAACCCAGCAUUCCGAAAACCCCUCGACAUGGGUUGGAAGCGCGAGAUCGUGUUCCGAAGUGCUGGUGGUAGUUCCACAAAAGGACUAGCAGAUGUCUAUUAUUUUACCCCAUCUGGGAAGAAAGUGCGUUCUACCAGGGAGAUGAUGGAGAAUCUUGAAGGCACUGAUUUAACUCUGGACAACUUCACUUUUACUAAAGAGCCUCUUGGAAUAAAUGAUCCAGAUAAAGAAGUGAUCAGGGAUGCAAGACGUACGUCAGUAACACCCAAGGAUACCGGUUCACCUUCUACACCUACUGCCUCAUCUGUGAAGCGUAUUCAGAAGCUGAAAGCUUCUGCUGGUGAAAUGUCACCUGUAUCAGACCAGUCAUCUGCUUCCGGCCCGUCCAACGUCAAACAGGAGCCAAUGUCUGUGGAAGAGGAAACCGAUGGCCUUUCAGAGAGCAGUUCUUCAGGCUCUGUCAACAGAGACCAGGGCGCCACCCCUGCUGAUACUUCAGGAGCUGCGGAGCAGAAAAUCCCUCCAGCUAUCGCUGGCCCCAGCGGGCUGAACAAACACGCAGGGCGUUCGCAGUCACACCUGAAGCUCGCUCGCUCAUUUCCUCGUAUAAAGGUAACGUCACCGAGGUCAGGCCGCGGCAGAGGUCAAACUUCUCCCAGAGGGGGCGGUGUGAACCGAGGUGUGACGUCACAAGCAGGUGGCAGUGGUGGAAACAUGGAAAUAGGCAUGCUGCCCCCAAUGUGGAAAGACAAGGACGGGGCUUCCACUACAAAAGUCCUCAGCAGCCCGGGAGCCGCACCUGCACUCCAGUCUACACCGUCGAGGGGACCCGGCAGGUUACCGCGUGGGGGCAAGGGCGGUGGCCAGGUGGCGGUCCCUCCAAAGGUUUGCACAGUAAAUGCAGGAGCGACAGCCACAGCGACGGUGACUGUGACCACCGGUGAAACAGUUUUGGGACCGGCAAAGAAGUACGGAGUCUGUACCAUCCAGUGCCCAGGUUUGCUGGGGACGGUGCCAUCGCUGCAGUGCCAACUCUGUCUCUGCCUGUACCACUCGGAGUGUGUGGGCCUUGGGUCUAUUAACACCAGCAUGCGUAACUACAUCUGUAAGAACUGCCAGCUCGAGAAGGAUAAGAAGUCGACCUCCGUGACCACGACAGUCGUGACUGCUGCACCCCCUCCUUUAACACCCAUCAGUUCCCUAGAAGGCCCGAAAAAUGGUCACAGUUCUGUUAACAGUUCUGCAAUGAGAGGUGCACAGCCAAGUGGCGUACUGCCCCCACUGAGACGAUUUCCUAGACAGGACAAUAAGACCUCACUGGCACCCUUUGCUGCCCCUACUGCAGCCUGUGCCCCUCUGUGCUCCUCUGUAUCCACUAAUACGACUGGAACGAUGACUAGCGCCGUCCCCACCUCGGCCACGUCGGCUUCUACGAAGUUCGUUAUGGUGCCGACAUACGUGCAGACCGAACAGCCCUCGGCACGACCUGGUGCUCCGCCCCCACUCGCACGACUGCCGAGGCAGGAUGGUAAGACUGCGCCUGUGGGCAUCGCUGCUCCUAAUGUGGCUUCUCUCUCCCUGUGCUCGUCCGUUCCUACGGGUACGACCGGUACAACGUCCUUCGUGGGGGCCGCUUCUUCCCAAUCUCCCUCUCCGAAGUUAGUCAUGGUGCCGACAUAUGUCAAACUGGACCAGGCCGACAGAGCUACGCAGACACUGACGAAUGCGGUAACUACGGUGUCCAUUGUGGGCUCUGUCACUACUUGGUUGCCACCCUCAUCCCAGAUACGCGUGUCAGGACCUGGAGGCUGCCUAAGGCCCCCACUCCCGGCGGUGUCCCCCGCUGCUGCGACACUGACCGGUUGCCCGCCGCCCCCUCCCCCUGUCUCCCAAGGGCUGAUGAGAGCCGGCGGGCGACGCUACAUCGUAUUGCCUAAGCACAAUGUGCUCUCCGUGUCUCCUGCCGGGGCCACGCUGACCACCCGUCCAGCAGGCCCGGAUGCGGUCACGGCAUUUUCCGCCUCCCGGGGCAUGACCCCCCUUUGCGACAUCCGUUCGCAGUUGCCCCCCUCGACGCAGACGGCGUACCUGAUCGGAGCCCAGAAUCCGCCCGGAGUGCUUUUGGUGCCCGUGCUGGGGUCGCCGGGGGCCAGUGUUCCGGGCAUGGGGGCGAGCCUGCCCGUGAACCAGGACAAGCAGCAGAUCCUCCUGGUGAAUGGUUCUCCUGCCGGAAGUCCUGGAGGAUUUGUCCUGUCGGCGACAGCGGCCACUGGCAUGGAUGCCGCAGCAGAGAGUCGAAAGCGGAAGGCCGCCGCCUCGCCACCAGAGGAAGCAGCUGGAGUGUCAAAGAAGCCACGUACAAUGGAUGCUGCCAACGGUGAUGCCGAACCCCUGCGAGCAUUCAUGUCGAGAUACAUGGCCAACGUCUGUGAAACAUACAAUGCCAUGUUGCACAUAUUUGAGUAUCUCAAGGUUCAAGAAGUGCUACGUGCUGCGAGGGUCUGCCGACUUUGGUGUAGCGUAGCUACGCAUGAUUCACUGUGGCAGACAGUACGGCUGAAAAAUUCGCCUGUUGCUGACUGGAAAGGAUGCGUGGCAACUUUGGCGAAGCGUGGCACUCGCCACCUGGACAUGAGGAAGAUGCUGGUGCCGGCGGGCCGUGCUGACGAGUGGUGGGCGGCGUUCUGUGCCAACAUAGGCCGCGUGCCCUGCCUGGAGUCAGUAGAGCUCUGCCGCUGCCCCGCAGCCGUCGUCGAGCGUGUGGCUCAGCAGUGCCCCCAGCUCACGACACUGUCCGCUCUAUCCAUUAAAGAUCAGUCUAUUAACCUCAGCAGUAUAGGUCAGUUAAAAAAUCUGCAAGAACUGCGUAUAAGGAAUUUAUCAGGCAUGUACCUGAAUGGCAAUUUGGAUGGCUUGAAGGAGCUUACGAAUCUGAAGCAUCUGUCUCUGACGAUGGUCAAAAACCUGGGCCACGCUGGCUGCGGAGUGCUGGGCUCCCUCCAGACUUUGGAGACGCUGGAGCUGGGAGAGUGCUGUGACCUGCCAGAAUCGUUCGGAAACCAGACGCUAUCGCAGCUGCACUCACUGCAGCGGCUUAGGCUGGAGAAGGGGCAGGGCGACGGCUGCCCCACAUUCGCUCUGUUGGCCAGCGUUCGGACGCUCCCUUCGCUUGUUACGCUGGAGCUCGUCAACUUCGAUGUCAAACCAGGCUUUGAUACUGCUCUUGCGCGUUGUCAGAAUGUCCGCCGCCUCCUGAUUAUUCCUACAUACAUAUCUCAGUCUGCCACGACAAACCAUAUGGUACUAGGUGGGGUCACAAAAUUGGGCGAUUCUUUGACGCACUUUGUUUGGGGUGUGACCCACGAGCUGCUGCGGGUCACUGAGCUGUUUGUGGAUCAGUGCGAAGACCAGAAAGGUCCUCCUGGCAGCCACACUGGGAAGGACAAGGAGAAAAAGAAAUCGUAUACACCACCAUUACCUGGUGCCGGUGCAGGGGACAGCAUUCCUGUCCUGAGACCAGUGCCGGGAAGCAUACCGCCAGAUGAUGGUGGAAACAAAAGUACAGACUCUCGAACUCGAGGAGAAGGCUCUUCGCCAACUUCUAACUCUUCUUCAGCUGUACCGACACCGGGGGCGCCACAGGUGGACAUUCUUCCACUAACGAAGUUACAGAAGAUGCUGACAACUGCUCUACCGAAUACGAAGAUAAAGAUUCUGAAAGUUGCGUUCCAAGCGACGUGGCGGCAGUACAUAUCAGAGACAGAUUUCUGAUGGGGGGCUAUGGGGAGGCGGCUCCCGGGGGCUAGAGCUGCCUUCUGAGCUUCCCAGUGGUAUCGCCCACAUUGCGGAAAGUUCAACCAGUGUGGAUCUCUUCAACAGAAAGCCAUUUUACUUGUCGGGGAAAGCCUGUGUCUUUCAUGUCUCAUUCCUUAAACACUGUUGUGUGUGUAAUGUGUUGGAAAAUAACUGAGAUAGUGCCAUUUGAAUUGUUAUGUUUGGUGUGUGACGGUUUUGUAAGUUGCUUGAGCACUUCUCUGCCUGCAGAGGAGAAAUAGAUGUGCUGGUGCAGUAACUGUGUUGCAGUGUUGCGAGUGAAAAAAGUUGCAGGAGUUGAGUGUGGAUUUCGAAUUUAAUGUUUGAAUGAGAUUGAUGGAAUUGUAGCACAGGAUACAGUACUGAAAGAUUACUGUACAGUGUUCAUAAGUACUUUGGUUUCUUGUCAGUGAUCUUACGACUGAGGAGCUGUGUGCAGAUUUGUAUCCAUUUACGAGUGAGUGUUGGGCAUGUUUGUGUUGUCGGAUGUCUGAAUGUAACUUGAUAAGAAUGGGCUGCAUUCUGUGAGAAUGCAGUGCUCUUCUUCCUGUGUAAAUAUUACGCAUUUUCACUUCUUUUUCUGUCUCUUGCAAUUAGUCAUAAAAGGAAGCUUCAACUUGAGCCAUCAUUUAGUGCAUAAUUUGUGAAGAAUAGUUAUGUAAUAUAAAUCAUUUUCAGUUUCUUCAAUUUUUCCUGUUUCUUUGUAGUUUUACUCAUGAUUUAAUGUAUACUCUUUGUAAGUGAAUAUAUUACCUGCUGUGAUGAACUUUUUGCAAUUUUUAGGCAGUCAUGAUUGAUGUGCUUUCCUCUCCUAUAAUGGAGAUUUUGUUUGCAAAUGACAGUGGAAAUAGAACAAGUUAAUUUUUUUGUUAUGGAAUCCAUCUCCUUGGGAACAUGCUUACCUGGAUUGAUAAAAAGCAAUUUUCAUGUACAAAUUUCUGGACCUUCAUAUUGUAUCUUUUUUUAAUUAAUGUUGAGAGAUUAUCUAUUUUGAAGUAGAAAAAUUUAUUUCUCCUUUCAUCAUGUAACUGUAUUGAGAAGUUUUAAAUCAGUGUAAUGUAUAUGGAAUACAGUAUUGAUGUGUGUAACAAUAAUGUGACUCUUUUCUAAACUUAUAGAUUAUUUCAAAGCAGACAUACAUAUAACUAGUGAUUUGUGUUUUGUUAAUUACAGUGUUAAAAUGUCACUUAUAGGAACAGAAUCUCAUUGAUCUUGUGACUAAUUGUUGGAAGUCUUCUUGUUGCAUACUAUACAUCAUUGAAGCCUAAGCACUCCCGGCUUCCUGUUUCAGAAGUACCUGAAGCAUGUUUUAAAGUUUUUGUAUAUAUAUAUUAUAUAUAUAUAUAAUUAUAUAUCUUUUAGACUAAACACUUUUUUAAUGGGCAUUUUAUGUCUUAGAUCACUGCAAUACUGUUUAUUUUUCUCAUCAGAAUUAUGACACCAAAAUUCCAUAAAGAGCAGUUGUGGAUACGCAGUUAACACAUGUUUGGUUAACAUUUAAGUGCAAGUAGAGAAUCUUACUCUGAACAGGUAUCACGUAGCACAUAAGAUUUGGAUGUGUAGCUAUUUGACAUAAGUGUGAAAUAUGACGCAGACUUUUUAUAGAUAAUUUUACAGUGUAAAUAUAGAGGAGUUAAUUAGGUGAAGUAAAUAUUUCAUCAAUUCAAAAACCA